GCCAGUCACUCCAGGCAGCGGGGAUGCGGGAGGAGAAAGCAGCGUCAGCAAGAGGAACUGAUCGCGUCAGUCAGGCUCUCAACACAUCCAGCGGCAACUGCUCAGCAGGGACCCGGCGCAGAGUAUCAGUGUGCGGGAGGUCCGUAGGCGGCAGGGAGGAAUGUCGGGAGUCCAGUCGGCCAGACAGGGGAGCAUUUUCUGAAGUCGUUUUGGCUGAAGAGAAGAUCACUGGAAAACUUUUUGCUGUGAAAUGUAUACCGAAGAAAGCUCUAAAGGGAAAGGAGAGCAGCAUAGAAAAUGAAAUUACUGUACUCAAGAAAAUCAAACAUGAGAACAUUGUUGCCUUGGAAGAUAUCUAUGAGAGUCCCAGUCAUUUGUAUCUGGUCAUGCAGCUAGUGUCUGGAGGAGAAUUGUUUGACAGGAUAGUAGAAAAAGGAUUUUAUACUGAAAAAGACGCAAGCGCACUCAUCCGACAGGUCUUAGAUGCUGUUUUCUACCUUCACAGAUUGGGAAUUGUGCACAGAGAUCUAAAGCCUGAGAAUCUGCUAUACUUCAGUCAAGAAGGAGAGUCAAAGAUUAUGAUAAGUGAUUUUGGACUUUCCAAGAUGGAAGGUAAAGGAGAUGUGAUGUCCACAGCCUGUGGAACUCCUGGGUAUGUUGCUCCAGAAGUCCUUGCCCAGAAGCCCUACAGCAAAGCAGUAGACUGCUGGUCUAUUGGUGUAAUUGCUUAUAUUCUACUUUGUGGUUAUCCACCUUUCUAUGAUGAAAAUGAUUCCAAAUUGUUUGAACAGAUUCUGAAGGCAGAUUAUGAAUUUGAUUCUCCUUACUGGGAUGAUAUCUCAGAUUCUGCUAAAGACUUUAUCAGUCACUUGAUGGAAAAGGAUCCCAGCAAGAGAUAUACCUGUGAACAGGCCCUGCGGCACCCAUGGAUUGCCGGAGAUACAGCUCUGUGCAAAAAUAUACACGAAUCUGUCAGUGCACAAAUCCGUAAAAACUUUGCAAAAAGCAAAUGGAGGCAAGCAUUUAAUGCUACUGCAGUAGUGAGACACAUGAGAAAAUUGCACCUUGGGAGCAGCCAGGACAGUUCAAGUAUGUCCAGUGGUCACAGCCCUGCGAGUCCUCUUCCAGAUGCAACAAGUCAUAAAGAAUGUAAGUCUCCAUCUACCCCAUAUAGCUUUCUGGCUGGAGUCACCUCCACUUCUUCAGCAAUCACAACAGCAGGUGGAGAUCGCAGACCGAGACCAGCCUCAAUCACAACGGUGCAUUCUGGGAGCAAAUGAGCAGCCAAAGAAAACCAGGUGGAGAGUAGGUGACUCUCCUCACGUGAUGUCAUUCUGAUUUGUGCACUGCAGGAUGGACUCAUAAUAAAUAAAAGGAAUUUUUUUAUGGCCAUAUUUUAUACUGCAACAAAGAUGGUUUCAUGUAUUACAAACUGCAAUGGCUCCAGCUCCAAUAAGGCAAAAUAAUUUGACUGUAUCUGGUGCUGUCCGAGUCUUGCAAUAUUCUUACUACUGAACGUUCUUUUAUUUUUUUUCUGAUAAUUUAUUUUUUUCUGAACGUGGAUAUUGGUACUGUAUAUGUUGUAUUUUUUUUCCAUUAAUUGAGGUCUCAACUGGAUUAUUUAAUUACUACCAAUUUUGGCGGGUUACUUUAUAUUUUUAUUCUCAUAUGUUAUUUUACAUUCAAACUGUGUUGUUUAGUUUCCCACAAAUGUGGGAACUAUAGUAUAGUAACUGAGAGUAUGAAACAAUACAUAGAGUAUAUUUGCUAGUGAUGCCACUGGAACAGAUUGCUAUAUUUUAAGAAGUACUCAGUAACAAUGUCUGUCAUUAAUAUCAUUCUAUCCGUUAGCAGAACUGUGUGGGUCCAGUGCCAAGGGUCAGCCUCCACACCAUUUGUGAGAUUCUACCCCUGACACCUCACUAAUGAUCUAGUAAGAGUAGAAUGACACUGGAGUGAUCAGAUACCACUUGUAACUGCUGCUAGACACAGACUCCUAUGGUUCUGCUACUUGCAGAUUUAAAUGUUGUUCUUUAAAGUACAGUUAUUUAAGUUUGAAUUGGUUAGGCAGUGGGUUUGACCCUGUAAAUCCAUUUGAGUAUAACCAACAGUAUGUUAAACAAGGACUUUACUCCUAUGUUCACUUGUUAGCCAACACACACAUCCACUUUAUCCUUUAACUUCUUAAUUAGUACUGGGCAAAGGAAAGCAUAUUAAAAAAUGGCUUGGUAAGUGAAUUUAAGAGAUUUACUCUGAUCUGUUAUGCUAUCUGAUAAUACUUAACAAAGGAUGGUCUUCAGGUUGCCGGCGGCUGGGCUCCCGACGACCACCAUAACGGCGCCGGAAUCCCGACCGCCGGCAUACCAACAACUUUUCUCCCUCUUGGGGGUACAUGAACCCCCUGGAGGGAGAAUAGAUAGCGUGGCGUGCCACCGUGCCCAGAGCGUGGCGAGCGCAGCGAGCCCGCAAUGGUCUCAUUUGCGCUCGCCCAGCUGUCGGUAUGCCGGCGGUCGGGAUUAUGGCGCUGGUCGCUGGGAGCCCGACCGCCGGCAACACAUACUACACCCCUUAACAAAUGCUUUCAUAGUUACGGUAGUAAAAUUAUGUUGUUCUUCUAUGUUCCGGUACUGCUGCAGGAGUGUAUAUGUAAUGUUUUUUGUUUUUUUAAAUGUAAAUGAAUCUUUAACAGUAAAUACCACUGUUUUUUAAACAGUUCUCAGCUAUGGAUAGCUAUGAAUUUAUGCAAGUAACUGGCCAUACUUCAUUUCCCAAACUGUCCCGAAAUUUGCUAAUUAACAUUUUUGCCUCAAUUUGUCAGUAUAGUAGUUCAUGAGCCACACACUAAUUAUGCUGAGAAAUGUAACCCCACAAAGGGCAUUGUCAAAUAUUAAGAAAAAAAGGCAACAAAACCUAAAGAGCAGCAAAAUCCAUUGGGAACGUUUAACUUGGUAGCCAAAUCCCAAUGUUAUGAAACAUGCAAAAUAACAAAUAUUAAUAUGUGGCACCUAAUAUAUUCUUUUCUCCAAAAAUCUGUUUACUUUUUUUUCCUUUGAAAUGCACUUUUCCAGUAGCAGUCUGUAUUUGGUUUUAUUUUAUUCUUUUAUUUUCAUUUGUAUCUGUUGAAGAAAGAAAAGCCAUUAAAAUGCCAAUUAAGAGAGAAAAAACAAACCGCUCAUUUGAAAUGCUCACUUACAUAUAGAUACAUACCGUACACAGAAAUUUCAGUUUGGUCUCUGAUAAAUAUAACUUUUUUGUUUAGUGCUCUCAUAAUUUGAAACCAAACCCACAGAUACCUCUGUGGUAUAAGAUCAAUUUAACACACCGCCUUGUGCUCUCCUUUGGUAACAAAUUAUCUACUGUAGGUACUUCAUUUGUCAGAAUAACCAAUCCCAGUAACAUAUUUCCAGUGGCUGAAGCUGGGAUACUUUGGGGCCCUAUUGAUGAGCCAUGUUAAGGUCAGACCUAGACUGCAGCAUGAGUUUAAUCCCACCUCAGUUAUUGCGUGUGCUGGAUCUGCACAAGGAAUACAGGUUAACAAUAUACAGUGUUUUGAAAAUCAUGUGAGAUUCUUUGUUUACAUGCUUGGACCUGAGAUCUCCUGGAGCAGAACUGGAGCAAAACUUUGAAUUUGUCCUAACCUUACGCAUCUAGCAGACAAUUAUUUUUCUUAUACUGUAGUAUAUAUUGUGAUUCAUUUUUUACAAGUUUUUUUUUUGUGCAACAAGACACAGCUUUAAUUUCCAUAUUAGCAGGAUAAUACAUAACAUUUCAUACAAUAAGAAGAUAUGUGGAUGGUAAAACAUUAUUUCCUUCAAGCUACAAGCACUAAUAUGAAAAAGUGUGUCACCUUCUGUCUUUCAUUGACUGCGUAUUACAUGUGUGCUGACUUUACCCCUUACUGAGGUUUAGCUAGAUAUGCAAGUGUAUUGCUAAUCAUAUUAUCCUAAUAAUAAUAUACUUAGGCCCCUAUUUAUCAUUCAGUAUUUGCAGUUUAUUCCCCAAAAAUACGUUUUUGAGGGAAAUCUGCAAAUACUAAGGAUCCCUGGUAUUUUCCAUUUCUGACCGCAAAUGCAGUUGGGUUUUCCAGGCUCCACAUGACAUUAGCGCGUGGGCUACUUUUUUUUUGCAAAAUCUUCCAGGGAGGGAUCUUCUGGUUUCCUCUACGUCAGAUUCCAGUGACGCAAGCGCCCAUGCACAUUGGCUGUGGGGGACCCGAACCAGGAAGCAGUGUGAUAGCGUUACACUAUCACACGGCUUCUACGGGCAAGAAACAAAUAGUAAAUUUGUAUGAAAAUAUUUUUAUGUUUGCGCAAAUUUUUUUUUAUCACAUCUGUAUCAAAAAUGACAAUUGGGAUAAAUAUGCACCAUAGAGAGAAAGUGUUACAACUCUUCUAGACACUAACAGCUAACAAUGAUUCCAUAGUUACUGCACAGUAUUAGGUGCCUCAUAAAUAAACAUUAAUAACGAUUCAUAAAUCGCUAUAAAUUACAUUUUCAUAGAGCACAUAGAUUAUGGCAUAAAAUCUAAUUUACAAAGCAAUAGCUGCUGAUACACUGUAGUGACUCUCAAUACUUCCAAUAUGUCCUUCUUUUUCAUUGAUAUCACUUUUUACUUCUUUGUGUUAUUUACAUUUAAUUUUAUCCAAAGUAAAAGAUGUUUUUCAAAUGUGUGUUCUCUAUAAAAGCAUGCCAUAGUUUGUUUCCUGCCCACUGCUUUUAUCUCGUAUGUACAAACACUAUAUACAAGUAACACACAUGUUAAGCUUGUUCUAGUUAUGUAAGUUAUAGUUUACAUAUUCAAAACUCCUACUCAUCUCUGAGAGAAGCCUGCUAUCAGAAUACAUGAAUCAGGCCGGAAAGUCACAGUUCAGAAAUGAAGACAAAUAAAGCAAAGUUACUGCAUCAGGUCCAGCCUGAGCUCUGGAGACGCUAUAGCAGGCCUGGCCAACCUGUGGCUCUCUAGCUGUUGUAAAACUACAAGUUCCAUCAUGACUUGACACAGUUUUGCUGUUAGGGAAUGUUAAAAGUGUGGCUGGGCAUGCUGGGAUGUGUAGUUUCACAACAUCUGGAGAGCCACAGGUUGGCCAGGCCUGCGCUAUAGGCCCACAUAGAAGCCUCCCCUAACACUUUAUGCUAGUGGCAACCCUGUACAACAUAAGUAACUGUUUUACAUGUAAAAAAAAUGUAAGCAAAAGAUAAUAUGCAAUGUGGAUGGUUAUACAUGGACUGGGAAAGAUUGUUACGUUUUGAAUGGCAAGGAAAGCACAAUACAUUUUUUAUCACAGUCAUUUUUAGGAAAGAAUGAGCAAAAAGUGCACGCAGAAAAAGAUACAGUUUUAGAUCUAUUAUAGAUAAUUAGGUUAACCUCUAAGGCACCAAUGAUCUCCUUAGAGGUCAGAUUCAGGACAGGCCUCCUAUUUAGAGCCUGUAUGUUUCAGUGCCAGAAAUGCCUAGUAAUGGAAAUAAUAAAAAUAAAUGCAUGAAAUUACAAUGCAUGUUCCAAGUAUUUAACAGUCUCUUCCCUACUUGCGUUGCCUUUUCUUUUUCUUUCUUUUUUUUUUUUUUAUAAUUCCAGGCCAAGAGAAAAAUAUCCACACUCCCAUAAUUGUAUCUGCUCCUGUUAGAGCAGUUGUUCCGAGAGUUCAUUGUAAGAGUAUAGGAAUGGCUUGAGAAGAGAUGCAACAAAUGUCCUGUGCUGAAUAUCUAUGCAGUAUUUCCGUGUCUACGUUCUUUGUUUAAUUAAGCACAGCUUAGCCAUAAUGUCACCACUAUGUGUCAACAAAGCAUUUUGUUUUCUAUGCAUGUAACAGUAUGUCUAUAUGUCUUUUAUGCUGUGUAUUACUGUAUUAUGCAGUGUGUGAGUGAGAGCCUCAUCGUCCCCUGCUAUUUGUAUUAACAGAUUCUAAGACCAUUUGAAAACAAUAAAUAGCAUGAGCUUAAGAUAGGUAUCAAUCAGA